AUGGCUGGUAACAUUGGUGGCUACGGCCAGGUUAUUGAAUACAUUCAAGACCGUUUAUAUCUUGCCUCUUACGAUAACCCACCGGAUUCGAGAACUCCAUUCCCUUACCCGCUUGAACAGCCCAAAUCCCCCAGCAAGCGCUCACGGGCUCAGCCAAGUACACCCAGCAGCAGGAAGCGAAGCCCCGUGUACUUUACCGUGGAUGAUGUCCUUCUUUACAAUUCUUUCCAUGCGGAUUUUGGUCCUCUGCACAUAGGCCAUCUGUACCGGUUUGCAGUCCAGUUCCAUGAGAUCCUCGGUGAUCCUGCAAAUGGCGACCGUGCGGUUGUGUUCUACUCUAAAACCGACUCCCGAAGCCGCGCCAAUGCCGCGUGCCUGGUCGCUUGUUAUAUGGUUUUGAUCCAAUCGUGGCCACCCCAUCUGGCCCUGGCACCUAUCGCUCAGGCAGACCCGCCCUACAUGCCAUUCCGGGAUGCCGGCUAUAGCCAGGCAGACUAUAUUCUGAACAUCCAGGAUGUCGUGUACGGAGUCUGGAAAGCAAAAGAGCAGUCUCUCUGUGGAUUGAGAGACUUCAGUCUGGAAGAAUAUGAGAAAUUCGAACGGGUGGACAUGGGUGAUUUCAACUGGAUUACGCCUCACUUCCUAGCCUUCGCCUCUCCCCAGCAUGAACCUGUUGAGCCAAUUCCAGCCAACACCCCUGAAUACGACGCGCUGCCCUCGAAGGUUUCCGAAGUUUUCGCCACAAAACUCCCUCUGCCCUUCAAGAAUGUGCUUGCCCAUUUUGCGUCGCGCAACGUAGGAUUGGUUGUCCGAUUGAACUCGGAACUGUACUGUCCCUCAUACUUCACUGCUCUGGGCAUCAACCACAUUGACAUGAUCUUUGAGGACGGCACAUGCCCACCUUUGCCUUUGGUGCGACGAUUCAUCAAGAUGGCGCAUGAAAUGAUCACCGUGAAGAACAAGGGAAUUGCCGUACAUUGCAAGGCUGGCCUGGGCCGAACCGGGUGUCUGAUUGGCGCGUAUCUCAUUUAUCGCUAUGGCUUCACUGCCAAUGAAAUCAUUGCCUUCAUGAGAUUCAUGCGCCCGGGAAUGGUGGUCGGCCCCCAACAACACUGGCUGCACUUGAACCAGGGCUCGUUCCGUGAAUGGUGGUUCGAGGAUACUAUGAAGGAGAAGUUGGCUCAAAUGCAAAUGCAAGCGGCUCCGAUUACGCCGGGUCGGCCGUCGGCCAAGCAACGCGCCAACAAUGGUCCAGUUGCCACACCGCCCAACAACGGUCAUUCGAAGCGCGCCGCUCUUGGAGAGAUCGAUCACAACGAGGGCGCCGGUGCCCAGGCUGAGGAGAAUCUACCGGCCCCUACUCCCGGUCAACCUCGGAAAUCUCACCGCAAGGAUUCGCGCCAUCACCCUUAUGCGCGCACGCCUUCUGGGACUCUUCUUGCCGACAAAGAGUCGAACAAACGGGGUGAGCACUCGAGCCACAAAAGUCACCGACUCAGCAACGACAGCAGUGAAAGUGACGAAGAGAUCCAACUUCGCAUGCUGGCGAAGCGUUCAUCCAAGUCCCCCAUGGCAUCUCCAGGCAGUCGUUCGGUCAGCUAUUCGGCCACAUUGACUGCUAGCUACACCUUGAAUGAUGAUAUCCAUGAAGACAGGGAAAAUUGGGUUGAUGCCACGCACGCUGCGCCGAAGACCCCCGUGAGCAGCAAGACUGGUCAUAGCGCAAUCUCCAUGACCAAAGUUCGCACCAGCCCUCGUCGUGUGACAGCGGAAAGCCGAAGCGAAUCCAGGGGGGUUCGGAAAGCCAGUGGUCGGAUUGGUAGCGCAGGCAGUCCUACGCGGGUCAAAACAAGUGCGUAG